AUGGUUUGGGAUCCGCGUCUCCUACAAAACGUACGGCCGGCUCCCCAACCGCCUGCGGAUGACUUCCAGUCACGUCUAUCCACAGCUACCGUCCAUGAACCUCUCUUCGCCGACGACUGUGUAUUGAACAUUCCCGCGGAAAAGGUCAUUCAAGGGAGCAAAGAUCUCUUCUCCGCCGCCCGCGAAAACUUUGGUCUGAGCAUUAACACGGAAAAGACGGUGGUCAUGCACCAACCGCUACCCCACACAGCCCACACUGCGCCGCAACUCAGCGUGAACGGAGCCCAACUGUAAGUGGUGACCAAUUUCACGUAUCUGGGUAGUACCCUCUCCUGCAACGCCAAAAUUGACAACGAAGUUGCCGCUGGAUUUCGAAGACCAGUCAAGCCUUCUUUCGUCUUCCAAACACAGUUUUCAAUCGUCACGGUCUUCAGCUCAGCAAGAAACUGGAGAUGUAUAAGGCCGUCAUCCUUCUGACGUUACUGUAUGGAGCAGAGUCUUGGACGGUGUACAUGAAACAGGUACGCCGACUCAACCACUUCCACCUCAGUUGUCAUUGUGGAAUACUAAAGCUGAGGUAGCAUGGCCGAAUCCCAGACUGGCGUACGCCACUUCGGAAGGGGACGUGAUCCUCUCCGCCGCCACCUGUAACAACUUCGACCUGAUCAUAAGCACGGAGAAGGCGGCGGUUAUGCAUCAACCGCCACCCGACGCUGCCUAAAUCGAACCCCAAAUCAAUGUGAACGGCAUCAUUGCAAGUUGUGGACAACUUCACCUACCCAAGCAGCACCCUCUCCUGCAACACCAAAAUCAACGAUGAGGUGGCUUGCCGGAUUUCCAAAGCCAGCAAAGGAUUCAGCCUUCUGAAAAACACCACCUGGUACCGUCACGGUUGCCAUCUCGUCUACGGAGAUGUCUCCGCGGACUCCAGCCGACAAGGAGGCCAAAUCCGUCGCUUAAAGGACACUCUGAGGACCUCCUCAAGCGUCUUCAAAUCAACCCGGUCAACUGGGAAGACCUCGCCCUUGACCGACCGACUUGGAUGA